CCUGUGAAGAUCUGGCAUCCGUUUUUGAAGACUUGCUAAAUACCUGGUCAUUCAGGUCUGUGGCUGAGUUUUGGAGCCCAUCUCUACACUUAAUUAAAACCAAAUCACUUUAUAUUUUCAUUUGGGGUUUGUUUGCUUUGUGUUUCUAGUUUAGUGUCCUCUGGCUAACAGCGUCUAAUGAAAGAGGAAAUUUGGUCCAAAAGGGUCUAUCUGCAGCAACUUCCCUCUGAACUCUGAUGCCCUGAUGGAAGAUGAUAAUGUAUCCAGAGGCAUUUUGCAUCAUGCUCAGGGAUACUGACCCCACCAAUACUCCUCCACCAUGAGAGUCUCUGCUUGAAAGAAAAAUCAUUGAAAUGAGCUACAGAAGGAAACCCAGGGCUAACGAACAAGAGAGUGACUGUAAAAAUAUAACACCAGGCCCUUAGAUGAGCUAAAAUAGAGACACCAUAGAACAAUCUCAGCUGAAACAGCAGUGAAGUGGAGGAUGGGUGGGAGGAGUUGAGAAUUUAAGAGGUGGAGUUUGUUUUUGUUUAGCCUAUAAAAGGCACCAAUGGAUCAGAUGCUAAUUAGAGAAGAGGCUAAGUGGAGCUUGCAGUUGCAGAGCCCAGCACCAGCCAUGGGAAGAACUGCACAGCAAACCCUCACUGCUUUACUCUGCAUAGCUGCAGCGGUUUGCAUGGGUGAGGACAGCUGUCCAAAGGUCAAGAUUGUGGGUCUCAAUGGUUCCGACAAACUCGCUGUUCUCCAAGGAUGCCCUGGGAUGGCUGGAGCCACAGGUCCCAAGGGAGAACCCGGAGCUGUAGGAAUGAAAGGGGACAGAGGUGCUAUGGGGAUCCCUGGAAAGACAGGACCAGCUGGGGAGAAAGGAGAGAAAGGUGUUGUCGGCUUCCCUGGAUCAAAAGGAAUCAAAGGAGAACCUGGAGCAUCAGCAAAAAUAGCAUUGAAGGAUCUGGAAGAUGCAGCUUGUAAAGAAGGACUGAGGAACUGCAAGGAGCUGUUAGCCAAAGGGAAUAUUCUGAGCGGCUGGUACACCAUCUAUCCCAAAGGCUGCACUGCCAUGCGUGUGCUGUGUGACAUGGACACAGAUGGUGGAGGCUGGAUUGUCUUUCAGAGACGGGCAGAUGGCUCCGUUGAUUUUUUCCGUGACUGGGAUUCGUACAAGAGGGGUUUUGGAAGCUCGCUGACAGAAUUCUGGCUGGGGAACGACAAUAUUCACCUAUUAACAUCUCUUGGAACUAACGAACUGCGCAUUGACCUCCGAGAUUUUGAAAAUAACCAUGUGUUUGCCAAGUACAAGUCAUUCAAAAUUUUAGGAGAGACUGAGAAAUACAAGCUGAUUCUAGGAGACUUUAUUAACAGCACUGCAGGUGAUUCAUUAGCAGCUCACAGGAACAAUUUCUUUACAACAAAAGACCGUGAUAAUGAUCUAUCUUCCUCCAAUUGUGCUACACAUUUCAAGGGAGGCUGGUGGUACCGUAAGUGCCAUGACUCAAACCUCAAUGGGAUGUAUUGGCUGGGAGCCCAUAAUAGCACCGGAGAUGGUAUAAACUGGCACGCCAGCAGAGGCGUCAAAUAUUCCUUCAAACUCUCAGAAAUGAAAUUUCGGCCUGUUCAGCAAUGAUGAGAUGGCAGCACAUGUUCCUCCUGCUUUCCCAGGCAUCCCUUUGCAGUGAGCACAGGUGGAAAAACUGCAGAGAGGAACCAGCCAAAACCACCGGCCACUAGGAGCAGCUGCAGGAGCUUCCAAAGCAGGGACCUUCAGCCAUUCACAGAACUUCCUCCUGUUUCUCUGCCCUCUGCUGAUUUGUCUUUUGGCCACAACCCUUUCCUCAGUCUCUUAACUUCACCAUCACACUUAUUCCUCUUACCCUUUUCCCUAACCCUGCCCCCUCAUUCUCCUUUCCUGCAAUGUCCCCUCUCCCUUCCCCUUUCUUUCCAUGUAGCCGAUCCCCUCCUAACUAAAUACCCCCUCUCCAACCAACAGCAAUAAAAUCAUGGCCCUAAAAUGACAUUUGCUGCCACUGCAUUGUUCACUCUGCUUGUGUGUUCUAGCGCUUCCCCCACCCAGUGUCUGUCCUGUCAAUGUAGAUUGUGAGCUCUUCUGGGCAGGGACUGUCUGCUCUUCUGGGUUUGUUCAGGGCUGAGCACGCUGAAGCCCCAUUCUUGGUUGGUUCCUAGGCGCUGCCAUAAUAAAUAUGGUUAAUAAUACCGUAUAUGUCUGCACAAGCUUCUACAUUGCAAAUGCUUGCACUGGCGUUGUGAAAACACUUUGUGGAUUGGGUGCUGCACAAGGAAAAACGGGAUACUUUGGAAGAGGAGCGGGAGAAACAAAAACCAAGUAAAGACAAUGAGUGACAGCAGGAGAGAUGGCGUGGGAGUGUGGUUUUGCAACUACCAUGAGGAAAGGUGGUUUUACAGCCUGGCCCAAUAACCCUUUAUAGGGUCACCGGUCUGUUAGAAGUGGGCACAAGUGCUGGGCCCCACGUGCUUCCAAGCUGACUGGGUCUGGACAGAGUCUAGCCACUAUAUCUAGCUCUGGGGUGCUAAAGGACAUUUCCAGACUCCACCCUUGUGUCUGAUGCCUCUAGUAAUAGAUUUCCCCUGCCACACACACAAAAGAUUAAUGGAGGCGAUAAGGAGGAUGGCACAGGAAAUCCCACCCACCUCUCUGCCACCAUAAGUCCUGCCUUAACCAGCGAUGACAACUCCCUUUUGGGGAAUGGCCAACCCCCCAGCUUAAGGCCCCUGACCCUCAACAAGAAGGCCUGCUUUACCUAGCAAGGGAAGCCAAUAGGAUUUAGUCAAUCCUUAAACCAGACCAUGAAAAGUUACCAUCUCUCUGCUGACAACUCACGAAUCUACUUCUCUAUACCUGACUAGUCUCCUAUCCAAGCUAAAAUCUCUACCUGUCUCUCUGACAUCUCCAUAUGGAGGUCUAGCUGUCAGCUCAAACUCAACGUGGCUAAAAGAGAGCUCUUAAUCCUGCCCCUCAUGACCUCCCCAAAAUCUCCUUUCUUGAUCACUGUGGGUAAUAUCACCAUCUGGCCUGUGUCUCAGGUCCAUAACCUGGGCAUCACCUUCAACUUGAACCUCUCUGGAGGUUCUCACAUCUAGGCUAUGACUAAAUCUUCCAGAUUCUUUCUGCAUAAUGUUGCUGUGAUAUGACUUUUCCUGUCCAUCCAUGCGGCUAAACUCAUGCACUCCUUCAAAAACCUCCUUAAAAUGCUCCUUUUCUGCAAUGCCGACAAAGAACUUGACAAUGGUUAGGCUGCUGGUGUGCUGAGAUGACUUCCUAGCCUGCUGACUAAUAUUGUCUAUUGUUUUCUUGUCCUCCCUUAUCAGUCUAGCUGUCUCCACUUCUUGCCUUUUGUCUUGUACUUGGGUUAUAUACUCCUUGGGGCAGGAGACGUCUUUUUUUGUUCUGUGUUUGUACGGCACUUAGCACAGUGGGGUCUUGGUCCAGGAUGAAGUCUCCUGGAAAAUGGGUAAUACAAAUAAUUAAGAAUAAAAAAUAAUACUGGAAAGAACACUAAGGGUGGGAUUUUCAAAAGCGCCUGAGAAAGUCAGAAGCAGAAUUCCCAUUUUCAAAAUCCCCUGGAGCAAGAGUUCUUCUAAGGUCAGUUGUUUAUCAUGGACAAGGCUCAACAGGCUGUCUCUUUAUUCUGUGCUCUUUAUCCCAAACACACAAUGAUCUCUAAAGGUUUCUACCAGGACAAUACAAAACGAGCAAAGGGUGAAAGGCCUUUUUUCCAACUGGUUGGAAGUUCAGAGACAUUUUCUUCUUCCAUUUUCUUUAUUUGAAGCCUACAGC